AUGGUGACCAAUGAGGGAAACCACAGUUCUGUUGCAACAUUUGUCCUCUUAGGUUUCUCAGAUUACCCAGACCUUCAAGUGCCCCUCUUCCUGAUGUUCCUCAUCAUUUAUUCUAUAACUGUGGUGGGAAAUCUAGGGAUGAUUGGCAUUAUCAGAAUCAAUCCCAAACUUCACACCGCCAUGUACUUUUUCCUCAGCCACUUGUCCUUUGUGGAUUUCUGUUAUUCCUCCAUCAUUGCUCCCAAGAUGUUGGCAGAUUUAUUCACAGAGGAUAGAAGCAUCUCCUUCUCUGGGUGUUUGGCACAAUAUUUUUUCUUUUGUACCUUUGUAGUGACUGAGGCCUUCCUGCUGGCAGUAAUGGCCUAUGACCGCUUUGUAGCCAUUUGCAAUCCUUUGCUCUAUACAGUGGCUAUGUCCCAGAAGCUUUGUACCCUGUUGGUGGCUGGAUCAUAUACAUGGGGGAUAGCCUGUGCCCUUAUGCUCACAUGUUCUGCUGUCCAAUUAUCAUUUUAUGGUUCUAACACAAUUAAUCACUUUUUCUGUGAGUUUUCGUUGCUGCUUAAACUCUCUUGUUCUGAUACACAUUUCAAUCAGCUGCUGCUUUUCAUAUCUGCCACUUUUAAUGGACUGAGCACACUUUUGAUUAUUCUGGCCUCUUAUAUAUUCAUUUUUGUCACUGUCCUGAAGAUGAAUUCAUCCACUGGUCGACGUAAAACCUUCUCUACAUGUGCUUCUCACCUAAUGGCUAUCACCAUCUUUCAUGGGACCAUCCUCUUCCUCUAUUGUGUUCCCAGCUUCAAGAACACUCAGCUUACAUUUGAAGUCGCCUCAGUGUUUUAUACAGUAGUAAUUCCCAUGCUUAAUCCUAUAAUCUACAGCCUAAGGAACAAAGAUGUAAAAGAAACACUCAUCAAGUUAAUGGACAUUAAAUUUUUUCUCCAUCACCACAUUUCCCAUUAA